UCGGAAGUGGGUCAUGUUGCCCAAGUAACAAGGUUUCCUAUCCCUAUGGUUACCUGGUCCCGGGCUGAAACAGACACAACAUUCCCGGUAUCUGGGCUCGUGGUUUGAUUUCCGCCUCUGCAGAAUAUCAUUCUUCUUUCACGUUUUUACAUAGCCCAUUAAACGAAAUGGCACAUUCUUUCGGAGACUAUUACAGUAACAUGCUCAAAGACAAACUGAUCCAAAUGCCGAUCCAAGACGAGGUCCCCUUAAACAGUACCGUGGUGUUACUGGACAAAAGACGAGAACUAGCGGAGGUGGAAGCAGCUCUUGCUGCUCAAAAGGAGGAGUCCAAAGUGAAAAUGAAACUGAUCGAGCAGAGAAGAGAGGAAUUAAACAAAAAGGAAGAAGAACUGAAAAAAUCAUUUGCAAAAUUUGAUAAGUUCUUGAGGGAAAAUGAUGCCAAGCAAAGUAGAGCAAGGAGUAAAAUAAGUAUCGAAACUGAACUAACAAAGCAAAAAGAGAAGGAUAUUAGUCGAUUAAAUAAUGAACUAGAUGACCUUAUCAUUAAGAGAAACAGACUCAAAAAGAAAGUGGAGUCAUAUGCUGUUUAUCCAAAAUUCUUGGAGAAAGUAAUCAAAAUGUCAAAGGAGUUUCAGGAUAUCAGAAUGGUGAACAUUCGUUUUGAAACAUUGUUUGUUACACAUAAUCUUCUACUUACAAAGUACCACGAAGAUCAAGAAAUCAUUAAGACACUUAAAUCGAAUCAUAAUAACAUCAUGAAGGAAAAGGAGAAUGAAAUUAUGAUGUAUCACAAUGCCCUCGCUGCAUUAACACAUCAAUUAGAAGCAGCCAAAGCUAAAACUAUAAAAGGGGAAUCUGUAUGGGCACAUAUUCAAAACACAGCAGCCAAAAGAACUCUUGUCUUGGGUAUGACAAAAAUGGCAAUUUUUAACCUUUAUAUGCAUGUAAGAAAAGCAGAAAUGAAACUUGGCACUUUAGCGGAGGACACAGAUAUUCAGCUUCAGGCGGUUCAACAAAACAUCCUCGAAUUGCGUGAUACUGUAAAUGAACUGAAGAAAGGUUUAGAGAUUAGUUAGCUCAUCUUCAGUUGUAAUAACAAAUGGAGGAAUGUAACAUUUUAUGGUUACAUUGCUUAGUAUAGAAGUACUACAGAAUUAAUUAAUCAGAAGUUUUACACUUGUUCUGUUGUGAUAAUAAAUGUAUACAUAUGUAUUUGGCAUAUAGAUACAAGUCAAACUAUUGCUGAAGUACUUCUGAAAUUCAAAUUUACAUUAGAUCCGCUACCUGUGCUAACUGUGCAAAAAUUACAUUUGGGGAAUCUCCUGAACAGUUUGCAGAAGAGGGAAUAGCAUAUUCACUGUUAAUAGAUGUGCUAGGUCUCAUUAGAAAACAUGGAUAAAGAAAAACAUAUUAGAUCUCAAUAUUGGGGAUUUGAUACUGAAGUCUUGAAUCCCACUAAGAAUAUGGCCCUGUUGCUAAUGCCCAGCAUUCAAUAUUGACCUUUUUGAGGUUUCAUUUCCUAUCAGUCUGAAACCCAAAGUGGAAGAUAUUUUCUGGUUCUGUAAGUAAGUGAGUCAUUCAUCUUUGUAAAGAAAGGCUUUUGCAUUUGUAUCACUCAACUAAAAACAACUUUCAUUGCUCUUUUGACUGCUCAGUAUGAAUCCUGUAAGCUCUCAAACAUCACAGUGUAUCAUUAAUUGGUUGGAUACAAAUACACUUAGGCUGCAGUUUUUCCAUAGUGAAUCUACCAGUUAAGCACAACAUUAUGGUAAUGGGGACCACAGGGAAGCUACCUGACAACAGCUUUAAAGAAGGCAAAGCAGUUCAGUUCAUCUGGCUUGCUUUCAAUUAGUCCUUUUAAACAAGUUACACAUUCUUGAUAUAAUAACAGAAAAUACUGGAAAUACUCAGCAAAUCAGGUAGCAUUUGUAGGAGAAAAAUCUAAUUAACAUUUCAAGUCAAUGCCUUUUCAUUAGAACUCAAACGCAGCACAAAUUCAAGUUCUGAAGAAAGGUCAUUGACCUCAAAUGUUAAUUCAUCCCUCUGUACCGAUUCUGCCAGACCUGCUAAGUAUUUCCAGUAGAAUUUUUUUUUCAUUUUAACAGCAACUGCAAUAUUUUGUUUUUGUACAUAUUCUUGAUGUUGGAACCUUCUGCAAAAAUUGUAAAGAAAAUGGUUAACUUUCUAUGUUUUGUAUAUAAUUGCUUGUAUUAAUUGCGAUCUAAACAAUUUGAAAACUGACAUUUAUGCAGUAUGACAAUUAGUUUAAACAAUAACCAGUGAUAGAUCUAGGGAUUACCUGGGUUACCCAGCUCGUCCAAAUUUGUAUCAUUGAUUAAUGUUUAUCUGGUCCUGAAAUUCAAAUGUAUAAAUGUAAGAUGUGUAUGAAAAAGUAUUCCUUCUCUCAUUUCCAAAUAGAAAGUCUGGGUCUAGAAUUCAAUGAGUUAGAGUCCUAUACUUCUAUAGGUCUAUUUCAAAUUUGCAACACACCAGUGUUUCACUUGCGAUUUGUAAAAUUGGCACAACACAACAUGGAGCUAACAGGCAAAGAGUUCCAUGUUUGCCUGAACGUGAAGCUGGGAGGAACAAAAGUGCUUCUCCCAGAUCAUCAAACCACCACCCCAAGGAAAUCCACAUGCUCAUCACUCAUGCCAGUUUGGAUUUGAUGUCCCUUGCAAAGUCUGAUCUUUUCACCAAUGAGGCAUUUACUUAUUCAAGCUGCAGCAGGAUAAUCUUGCUAGACACAGCAUGGCUUCAUAUUAAUAAGAUCCAAGGCUGAGGGCUACAGGAACCUCUCCAUUCUGACAGUGAUUGUACUUUGCCUUUUCUCAAUGAUCCAAAAUAGCUACUCUUAAAUUUUGGACUUUUUGUUGUUGUCAAAAUGGCCUGGAUUUUGCAAUAGUAAUUAUAAUGAAAUCAAUUGUUCAUCGUCAUUACUUCCCUGAAACUGCCAGCAAUUUCAAGAGCCUGCACAUAUGCAGUUUAAGUUGCUGCACUUCAUCAUAAGCGAAGCUGUUCAACUUCUUACAGGCUGCAAUUAGUUAGAAGUCACUAAACAUUGCUAUUUUACUACCCGAUUUGUGGUCUGAGGGAUUUCUUCAAUAUGAUUGGCUGUUUACCUUACUUUACAAUCACUAUUUCUAGAUACAACAGCUCAAAAUUAACGCCAAGAAAGGCGAAAUCAAUUCCACAAAAAUGACGACUUUUAUGGAUAGCUUCCUUCAAGGUAGUGUUAAGCACAAUUGCAAUUGGCAAAAUCUGGGUCAUUAUGUUACAAAGGUUUUUAAUGUGAUUUGUUCUGUAAAUUGAAUAUGCAGUUUGUUUAUUUUUAAUAAAUUUUAUCACCUGUUAACAUUCCAUGUACAGUAAAAUCUUACUGCUGAGUAUUUGCUAUUUUUCAGUUUGCUUACCUGACCAAAAAAAAACUUAUUCUACAUUUUUUCACCCUCUGCAGGUCCAAUUUUUGCUAAUCCAUUAAGUGAAAGAAAAAUUAUUAAAACAAAAAACUUACAUCCUGCAGCAGAAAAUGCAUACUGCAGUGUCAUGUUCACUACUGGCAAAAUAUACCAUUUGAGGAAUGUAACCUCUGCAAACAGCAGGAUUUUACUGUAAUUAAAACUGAAAUUGUUAGAAAAACUUGGCAGAUCCGGCAGCAUCUGUGGAGAGAAAACGGGGUUAACAUUUGGAGUCCUGUAAUCUUUCUUCAGAACAGGAUCACUGGACUCUAUGUUCACUCAGUUUUAUCUCCACUGCAGCCAGAACUGCUAAGUUUCUCCAACAAUUUGGUUUUGUUUGUUUCAGAUCUUCAGAGUCUGCAUUUCAUUGUGUUCCUUUACUGAAACUACUUUUGAACACUGCAUAGGGCAAUUAAUACUGCUGGGUUAAUGUUAUGCAAAGAUAAUGGAUGUACAAGUUAAAAGCAUCACACAGACUGCCUAAGAAUUGAAGUUUAAAAAGCCACAAAAAUAAAGUUCUAUAUAUUUAAUAAAGAAACCAAUUUCAGUAUUGUAAUAUUGGAUUGAUUAUUUGGAAAUAAAUUGAACUCUUCAUAAAAUUAUACAGUACAAAGGAUUCAGUUUAUUUAAAAUUUUGUUUCUAAAAUAGUGGCAGGGUGGGUAAUUUUACUUUGUGCAAGUAAAAUUUCAAUUUCAAUUUUUUUUUAAUCUUGCCACUUUCUCUAAUAGCUCACCUAUGAUAAAUGAAUUCACAUCUGAAGCAGUUUACACAUUCCAGAUACCGGAAAACAUUGUGGCAGCCUUUCCACAUAGCUUGAACUGACGAAAAAAAAUUAGAUUAAUCACAACUUAGUUAUUACACUGAACAACAGAAUUGAACUAAACUAUCAGUAAAGAUUUUCGUGCCCGGUGUUCAUUUUAAUUGUUCUAAAUAUCACUGAGACAGCAAUUAGAGGCAAAUGAAAAAUCAACUGCAUUUGACGUAAGCCCCACUUCUACAACCCUGACCAUACAAGGAUGCCAAGUUCCCUUCUGAAAAAAGUGUGAAGCAGUUGGGUUAACAUCUUCAAUCGACCUUAAGUGAGUUAGUCCAGCCCUUUCAAUAAAGAGUGCAGCAAUAUAACGAAAGCACAAAACGUACCCAUUCUUAUUCACAUUAUCCACCAACCAUGGUCUUGAUCUUAAAAACUUGAGACUUUUCAACCUAUUUCUAAAAAUGAAGGGGACAGUCUUUCAACGUACUAAUAGGAGGUGCACAUUGUAAAAACAAGUGAUGUGAUAAUUUGACUCAAGCUGUCUGCUCUGUCCACUUAGAUCUCUUUUCAGCUGACCACUGCAACUACCAUCCAAAUUGCAAAUUACCCAAAAAAGAUCAAAUUAUGUUACAUAAGCAGUACAUACAUAAUAUUUGCUUUCCUCCAAUUCUGGCCUUUUCAGCAUCCCAAUUUUGAUUGCUCUGCCUUUCAUGGUUGUGCCAUCAGACCUAUGGGGCCUUGUCAACUAGAGCUUCCUUUUCCUUUCCUCCAUUAAUCCAAAUGUGUUGCAUACCUGAUUUUCAUAUUACUGGAUGCAGAGAUUAGGUGGGAAAAAGUUCUGAAUCCCAGUUAAAUGUAAGCAUUGAAUUUAAGUAAAGUGUUAUUCACAUAUAUAACCAUCAGCAUCAUUUCAGUUAAACAUUAUGGGUUCAAGCUUCAAUAUCAAAAAAGAAAGGUACAAAAUAAAAAUAAGGCUGAAGCAGCAGUAGAAGCACCACAUUUGCCGCAAGGUGCCAGUGUUUGAAGAAGUAAGUAAAAACUUUAACUGCCUGGUCAGACUGAUGUAAAAGAUUGCAAUACUCAGAAUUUUACAUUUUAACUUACUUUUACUUAAAAGGAUCUCAAUCAUCAAAUUUACCUACUGCUUCAAUUUCUAGCUAUAAUUGCCUGUACACCAGUGGCCACUUAUAACAAAGGAGUAAUAAAUGGUACAUAAAUGCAACAGUUCACCUAUGGAAUUUAAUAUCAUUUGCCAGAAUGAUACCUUUAAAUAGACAUUGGCUUUAAUGGCUCAUGUAAACUCAUCUGUACCAUUGAGAACUUGCUGAAUACUAAAAUAUGUAUUAGUACUUAAAAGGAGUUUGCUAAAUUUUUGGUAACUGUAGAGGAGAGAUUUAAAACUAACUUCCAACUAAUUUAAAAGAAAAUUCAGUUUACAAAAUCUACAACUUUGUAAUGUCACCCUAAGGACAUCAUGACGAGAUCACAAAAAAAACCCAAAGCUAAUUUAGUUCAGGAACUGAAUAAGUAUUUAGAUAAUCUACUCUUUGGAAAAUUAAUAAACACUCAUAUAAGAAAAAAGUCAGUCAGAUACUUACAUUGAAAGUUGAUAGACAUAUGCAAGAAUUAGAUUGAAUGACUAGACUUCUUGGAUGGUAACUAAUUUACUUGUACCAUACUACAUUAGUUAUAUGUUAUUGCACUGUUAAUUAUAUAAUUGGAUACUGUUCAUAGUAAAUCAUUCCUCCCAUAGCAGUUCUUCAUAUUAUACUGUUCUCAAUGCUCUUAACUGUGCCAGGAAACUUCAAAUUAAUUACAGUUUUGUACGGCUACAAAAUUUUAAUAAAAUAUUUGUGCAAUACACAGCAGGAAUUUAUUUUCAGUGUGGUUUAUGAUAGAUAAUGAGCAUUCUAAAUACUAAAUAAGACCAUUUUAAUUU